AGGCAGGUGGGCAGGGGCUGCUGUCACUGCCUCCCUGGGCAGUGUUGCCUGCAGACACGCCUUGGAACCUGGAUCCCUCGGGGUGGGAGUCCAGCCACUGGACGGGGAGCCCAGUAUCUGCAGAGUAUCUCUUGGCUCUGGCGUAUGGUGCUGUGGGGGUCUGAACCUGGAACCCUGGGGCCUCAGGCAUACACGUCCUGCGCACCGACAUGUUGAGUAUCUAUCUCCCUUGCCCUCUGCUGAAGGUUAACAAAAGCCUCGUUCGGUGUGGAGACAGCACAGAGGGCACUCGCUGGCUGAUGGGAAACAGUGCUCUGCUGGGUGAGCCAUCUCUGCGUCUGCUAGAUGUUUUUCACAAGGGAUUUUAACACUUCUAUCAAGAACUUUGGUGGGACCUGUCUCAGAUGAAGAAUCCAAAGCUUGGAGGAGUGAAAUAAUACCCUCAAGUUACUGCAGGAGAGUGAAAGGACCCCGAUGUCCCAGGUUGGGGCCCUCUCCAGCCCCAGGACUGUGCUCCCAACCCAGGAAGUGCCCACUGUGUGUGGAGGAGGCCCAGCCCCGGGUGCUGCUAGGGCAUGGGCACCCGUGAUGCUGUGUCCCCAGUCGAGGUGCUGGCCCCGGUGGCCGUGUAUUGUGGGAGAGUCCCACGGGCCAACGCUGGGCUCCGAGCAUCCCCAGGAAGAGCCUUGGAGCCGGGGCUGCAGGCUUACAGAGAAGCCUCCAUCCCACUGGAGAAGCAGGCUCAGGAUGGCAGCCUGGAGCUGGGUGCUGCCCUGCAGGGCUGGCAGGCCCGGAAUGGCCACCCCCGGAGCCUGGGGGCUCUAUCCCGAGGGCCCCUUUCCACGCUUGAAACCGAGGCCAGCAGUGUGGCCCGAGACACCACCCAGAUCAAGGACAAACUCAAGAAGAGGCGGCUGUCGGAGGGGCUGGCGGCAUCCUCCCGCGCCUCUCUGGAUCCUGUGGGAGGCCCCAGAGGCGUUCCGUUGAGGGGCACAGUGCCCCGGGCCACCUCCCAGAGGCUGCUACCGGGACCCAGGCCCAUGCCUUCCAUCCAGAGCAUCCCCACCACCCCUGAGACAGCCGGCACCAAGGACAAAGGUGGGGACCUGCCCCACAGCCAGCAGGGACCCCAGGAACGGACACCUGGUGCCCAGGAGAUCUUGGGGCAGUACUUGCACUGCAGAGACGAGAAGAUGCAGCGACCCCUGGGGGGCAUCGUCAUCCCGCCCAUCAUGAAGGCUGGGGUGCCCACCGCCUCCACCAGCUCUCCGGGCGCCCUCCCCAGCCAGGGCCUCCCCAGGGCCCCUGCCUCCCGGUUGGCUCUGAAGAGUGGGCCUCAGGGGAAGACCCCCAAACCUCUGGAGCCAAAGCCGUUGGCCCUGUCCAUCCGAGAUAGGUCUGCCGCCCCCGAGAAGCCUGCCCUUCCUUCAUCUCAAUCUGCUCCGACGCUGGCAGCCUUCUCCUUCAGCCAUGCCAAAGAUGCUCACCCCCUGCUUAAGGAAGAGGACCAGAGGGUGCAGGUCUCUAUCUCCAAGUCUGCCCAGGAGAAGCUGCGGCUGAAACAGCGGAAGGAUCUGGAGCUAUUCCAGAGCUCACAGGAGCUGGAGCGAGAACUGGCACCCCAGGGUCCCCGGCGGCCCCCACUCAGGGGAGCCCUCCUCCCCCUCCGGGGCAGUGGGACCCAGUCUGUGCCCACUGGGCUGGGCAGCCCUCGCAGAAGUACCUUGGGGGCACCCCUGAGGUGCCGGGCCAACCGCGCCUCCCUGCCCAGCCUCCCCGUCAGCAAGCAGGAGCCCAGCUUCGCCCGCCACGCGUCAGCCAACUCACUACCGGCCGUGCUGACGUUGGGGUCUCCGGAAUGGGAGGACGACGAGGAGGAGCUGGAUCUCAGGGUCCUUAAGGAGUGGAGGCCGUUCUCGAACCCAGAGCUGGCACUGGCGGAUGCCCUGCAGUGCCUGGAUAGCAGCGACUGGCAGAGGAAGGAGAGGGGCCUGGGAAGCAUCCGGUGCCUGGUGGCCUGCCACUCGGACGUCCUUCUGGGAAGACUGCAUGACGUCACCCUGGCCGUGACUGGGGAGGUCACCAACCUGCGCUCCAAGGUGUCACGCCUGGCCAUCUGCACGCUGGGUGAGCUGUGCCGGGCACUGAAGAGGAACAUGGACCAGGAGGUGGAGGAGGUGGCACGCUGCCUGCUUCAGAAGAUGGGCAACGCCAGCGAGUUCAUCCAGAGGGCCGCCAACCGCUCCCUGGGCGCCAUGGUGGAACAUGUCACCCCCGCCCGCGCCCUGGUGGCCCUCACCUCUGCGGGCGUCUACCACCGCAACCCCUCGGUCCGGAAGUGCACGGCAGAGCACCUGUCGGUGGUCCUGGAGCAGAUUGGUGCCGAGAAGCUGCUCUCGGGCACGAGGGACAGCACGGACAUGCUGGUGCACAACCUGGUGCGGCUGGCCCAGGACUCCAACCAGGACACCAGUUCAGACAACCUCUGCCUCCUCCAGGCCUUUGCUGGGCGUAUUCGCUUCCUGAGUGGCCGUGCCAUUCUUGAUGUCACUGAUCGCCUGUCAGUGCUGGUGGCCCUGGUGUACCCUCGCAAGCCCCAGGCCGUGGAGCGCCAUGUCCUCCCUGUGCUCUGGUACUUCUUGGAGCGCAUGACCGGGAACGGCUUUCUGCGGGGACUUGGGGGCCAGGCCCGCUUUGUGGUGUCCCGCCUGGCUCGCAGCCUCCGGGAGCAGAUGGGCCCCCGGCUGCAAGACCUGGCUGCGGGACAGCAGAAGCAGGCCCUCAAGACGCUCCAGGAACUUUUAGACAUGAAGCCCCGGUGAGGCGCUGCGGGGCACCCUGGAGGGGCGGCUCUCCCCUCCCCCACGUGCAAGACAGCUGGCGGCUCCUGCCCCUUUUAGCUGCUUGAAUGACAGCUCUGAAGUGGGCGGUUCUAUUUUUUUUAAUCUUAUUUUUCUGACGGGGAUCAUCUCCUGACCUUCUUCCCUCUGAGAUUCCCAGCUGUACAUAGUCUAUUUUGAAGUAGAAAUAAAAAAGAGCUGUUUAUUUUUCUAA